AUACAAGUGCAUUUACAAGUUCAAAUUUUGGACAGGCAUGACAUAGCAGUUAAGAGGGUUUUCCCUACUUCAGAAGAUAUCUUAUCAGGCAAGAUAUCUAUUACAGUGCCGAUCAAGUCAACUGGUGUCUACUGGAUAAACAAAGUUCAGGAAUAUUUUCAUGGAAAUUAUAAUUUACAGCUUAUGAGAGUUUGUUCUUUUGGUUAUAGUGUGGUUGAAAACCCAGAAGAUUACAAUAUUGCUAAUUUGAAGUGUGAGAUGAAAAAGUUAAAGAAGAAGGCCAGUGAUUUGCAAGCAUAUGUUAAAUUUGUAGACAAAGGAAAGAUCAUGUGUCAAAAAAGAUAAAGAUCAUGUUACCAGGGUAACAGAAUCAAGGACAACUUCAACUACUGCUGUCCAGGAUAAAUCUAUUGAGAUGAAAAUAAGAAAAGAAGACGGAGCCAUCAAAACAGUUGCAUUUCAGGCUGAAUAUGAAGGUUUAUCAUCAGAUGAAGAUACUACACUCCAACUUACUAGUCAGGCAGGUGGAGGCAAAGAAGAUAAAGUUUUAAUUUUGGUUGAAAGAUUGUCAAUGUAUGAGGCAGGAGUUCAGAGUGCUAAGUCAGCAGGUGAUACCUCUAAACAGAAAAGAUAUGGUAGAGCCCUUAAGACAAUACAAGAUUUACUACAGCAGACGCAUCAAGGAAAGUUAGUUGAUGAAAGUGAUAUACCACCUAGAAUACCUGUUGAUGAGCCAAAGAAACAAAGACCAGAAGGGGCAACAAAGCAAAGUGAAAUACAACCAACUGUCAAGCCUACUACAAAAUCACACAGUGAACAACCAAGUACAUCACCUUCUUCACAACAAACCCUAGAAUUGAACAAUGAACCAACAUCACCAUCACAUGAAAUAGAAACAGAGCAGAUGAUAGAAACAAAAAGAGAUCAGUACAAAACAACAACUCUGCAGCCAAAGCAGUCUGGGGAUAUUAACACAGCUAUAAGUAAUGUACAGACAGCCAAGAUUCCAUCACAAAUGAGUGGUCAUGGUUCUCCUCAGGACAGGAAACCAGUUCCUAAAAUAGCUGAUCAAGUAGGCUUUGGAGGGGAGAAAAUGAGUACUGGUAAAAGGCCUGACAGAAAAUUUGAGGAUUCUCCAUAUAUUCAGGAGGAUUCCUUGAGAAUAGAUAUAAGUGACAGCGAAGGGGACACUAGUGAAGCUUCGUUGCCAACAAUGAACAUUGUGAAAAAGAUGAAAAGGGUUGAAACAGGUUGUAACCUGCUGACCUUGGAAGAGAAGAAGAAAUUGAGACAUGAUAUGGCAAAGGAUUUUGUCCCAGGGAAACCUGGAUUGAUUUCAAAAGAAUUUAUGGUCCUGAAUAAGGAUUCAAUUUAUUCAAGAUAUUUUGACAGUUCCACCACAAUUAAGGGUCUUUACAAUUGGAUAGUGGCAACAAUUCCUUAUGAAAUGUUGCCAGCUAAGUUCAUCCUAAAAUGUUUACAAUCAUGCAAGGAGGUGGACUGUUGCCACGCUUUUCCAAUAUCAACAGUGAUGGACAGAGAUGUAUUUUUACGCUCCGUCCCAACAAAGUUAAUGAUCUCUCCAAUUUGUGACAAUCCUGAAACUACCUUUACCUGUUAUGAUGAGGUGUAUUUCAGUUAUGGAGACCUUUAAGGAACAGGACCAGUAAAUGAAAGCAGACUAAUGUGUAUUUAAAUUAAAGAAAACAUUGUAAAAUAUUGCAAGAAUAAUUUUUUUAUUGAUUUAUACAUGUACUUGGAAGUGUAAAAGUUUUGAUGUAAUAAUGUUCAUAAUUGUCAGAUCUUUUUUGAAAAAAAACAUCUAUAAUGGUUUCAUUCCAUAUAAAAACUGACAUGGUUGUCAAUAAGUAAGGUUGUUUCUAUUACAAAAAAACCCUGAUAGUUACAAAUUGUUGAACACUUUUUUGCAUAUGUAAUUUUCAUUGAUAUUUUGGUUUUAUCAAACUGAUGGUUUUGGUUUUAUCAAACUGAUGGUUUUGGUAUUUUAACGCUAUAAAAUGAGGUCACAAUUACCUAAAAGCUUUUGCCAUUACUUUGCUUCCAUCUUCCUCAACCAACAAGAACCAAACUUAAGUUAAAUGAUCCUUGAGUAUCUAGAAUAUAGUUUGUGUUUUAUUUUCUGUUUCAUCAAAAAACAUGGAAGCCAUGGCUAAAAAUAGAUCACUGGGUAAAAUGCUGUUCAAAAUUUAUCUGUUCAUGAAAUUUAAAGACCAAUUUGACAACCCGUUGUUGGGUUUAUAUAAUAAAUUUCUUAGUUUUCAAUUGUCUGAGUAUUUUUUUAGAUUAAGAGAAACUGUAAACAGUGAAAAUUCAUAAGGGUUCAGUGGAACCAAGUGUCUCACCUACUUUUGAUGUUUGUGGCAGGCUCAAAAAAUUUGGAAAAAUGUAGGAUCACUAGGUCUCGCUGCAGGCUUGAUAAAGAUGUAAUCCUCAAAUAAGUGAAUGACAAAAAUAUAUCUUUUAUAAGAGUUAGGCCAAAUACAAAUAUAUGUGUGGUUACAGUUACCCUACCUUCCGUACUUUUUAGUCUGAACAAUAAAGCCUACCCAAAAGAAAAUUUUUUGUCAUUAGUUCAGCACAGAUAUAGUCAGAAUGUUGCUCCUAUACACAUAAUGUAAAAAAAAAACAACUUAAAAUUGAAAUAAAAUUACUAACUACCUACCCUUAAUUUUUUUUUACUGAAACUUCACAUACUUUUCUAUUGCUUUUUAUAUAUGAUUUGUACAUUUUUAGCUCACCUGGCCCAAUGGGCCAAGUGAGCUUUUCUCAUCACUUGGCGUUUGUCGUUGUCCGGCGUCCAUCAUCCGUUAACCUUUACAAAAAUCUUUUCCUCUAAAAUUAUUGGGCCAAGUUUAACCAAAUUUUGCCACAAUCAUCAUUGGGGUAUCUAGUUUAAAAAACGUGUCCGAUGACCCGGCCAACCAACCAAGUUGGCAGCCAUGACUAAAAAUAGAACAUAGGGGUAAAAUGUAGAUUUUGGCUUAUAUCUCUGAAACCAAAGCUAAUAUGACCUAAACAAAAAGCAAAGAUAAUCAUUGAUGACUAGGUGUGCAAUUCAGGCUCUUUGAACAAAGAGUUAUCAAUAGAUUUAUGGCCAAGUUUAUGUGAUGAUCAGCCAAAAAAUAACAUUAUUUUUGUCUUAUACACAAAUCUUAUCCAUAAUAAAUAUCUUGUGUUCUUAUGUUUUUUUUUAAUACUGUAUCAUGUUGUCAUGGAAAUAGACAGAAAUAUGUGAAACAAAAGACUGUGUGCUUGUAUAAGCAGCUCAUAAAACACUGAUAAUUUGUACACUUUGUGAAAAUGAUAAUGUUUACAACAUUACAAAUUGUAUACAACAAAUAAACACAAUGAUGUACAGUUCUGCUUUUAAAUUUUAUAAAUGGACAAAAUAAAACUUCAAAUGAU